AUGAGACCUGAUACGACCAUUUACCUCAACGAAAACAAUAUCACUGCAUUGUCUGAAGAGAGCUUCCGCCCGAUGUUGGACAUCCUCUCUAUGGGAGAUGGUGUCCUUGAUCUGAGCGACAAUCUUAUCCAGUGCGAUUGUGAAAUAUCAUGGCUAAUGCUCGGUCGGAAAUAUCUAAGAAACUUGUCUGGGAAGUGUAACAAUGGAACGGAAUUGAAGGACUUCGAUUCGAGUUCGUUAAAUGCCUGUCCUCGUGAAUGCCCGUACCAGUGCAUCAACAAUUUAUGGAUAUCUCUCUGUACGCCGGGGACGGUGACUCUUUCUCAUGUGGACAACUGUCGAUCUGGAGAACUGUGCUGCCAGCUAAACAUCCCGAAAACAACCACAAUGACAUCUUCAUCAGUACCAGAUAUCCUCUUUGUGUGUGGGAGAAAGAAUUACCAAGUGACAUUGUCCAAAGGAGGAAAGCCAUCACAGAUAGGAGAAUGGUCAUGGCAGGUAGCCAUUUAUGACGUUCAAGAACAAGAUAUUGUUUGUGGAGGAGCACUCAUUCAAGAGCAAUGGGUACUCACAGCGGCCCAUUGUGUCUCUAUUCAGGGUACCGAUAGACCUCGGACCAAGAAAGAUCUUUUGGUUUACCUUGGGAAACAACAUCGAGCUAAUGUUGAAGACGAUGAAUACGUGCAGAUCAGACAGGUUGCCGGUUGGGGCUUUGACGGUUCGGAUCUCCCUACGCCCGUCCUGACAGAUGUUCAGCUCCCGGUGAUUUCCAAUAGCUUGUGUCGUCGGGACACCGCAUACUUCACAGGGGACAUCACCGCCACUCGUACCCUCACCUCAAACAUGUUCUGCGCUGACAAUCUCAUCCAGUGCGAUUGUGAAAUAUCAUGGUUAAUGCUCCGUCGGAAAUAUCUAAGAAACUUGUCUGGGAAGUGUAACAAUGGAACGGAAUUGAAGGACUUCGAUUCGAAUUCGUUAAAUGCCUGUCCUCGUGACUGCCCGUACCAGUGCAUCAACAAUUUAUGGAUAUCUCUCUGUACGCCGGGGACGGUGACUCUUUCUCAUGUGGACAACUGUCGAUCUGGAGAACUGUGCUGCCAGCUAAACAUCCGGGAAACAACCACAACGACAUCUUCUUCAGUACCAGGUAUCCUCUUUGUGUGCGGGAGAAAGAAUUACCAAGUGACAUUGUCCAAAGGAGGAAAGCCAUCACAUAUAGGACAAUGGCCAUGGCAGGCAGCCAUUUAUGACGUUCAAGAACAAGAUAUUGUUUGUGGAGGAGCACUCAUUCAAGAGCAAUGGGUACUCACAGCGGCCCAUUGUGUCUCUAUUCAGGGUACCGAUAGACCUCGGACCAAGAAAGAUCUUUUGGUUUACCUUGGGAAACAACAUCGAGCUAAUGUUGAAGACGAUGAAUACGUGCAGAUCAGACAGGUUUGA